AACCUCCAGUUGAUGAUCACAUCGCUCUGCGAAGAAGACAGCGGCGGCUCAGCUUUGUUUACUUUAAAGAUGGAUGCUCAAUUGCAUACAUUUUCUGAAAACAAUUGCUAUCUAGUUUAAAACCAGAUACUAGAAUGUAAGACAGAAAAAACACAACAUGGAGGAAACGUGGGAUUUUGAAUUUUUGUCUCGUAUGGUUGACAGCCUGGUGUCCUUUCUGUCCGAAUUUGUGGACGACUGGCUGGCCAACGACAUGAGAGUUGCAGUGUUUAAAAUACUGUUCACCUGGCUGGUCAUUAGUCUCGUAGCCAUCCACUUUGCCUGGAAAGUGUACGGGAACACUGUCAACGAUAUGUACUACAGACAAGGGACUGGAGGACAGAAUGGCGGGACUCCUGAAACUGCGCCUCACCUGGGCGGAUGGGAAAGUGCAGCUGGUGAUGCUAUGAAAACCCACCGUGAGUGAUGUACCUGCAACUGGACUAAGACCACAGAUGCAUAAGAUGGCAAUUACAUUCCUUCAAGAGGACUAAAUAAUCAUAGCUUGUGCCAUUGAAUCAGUUCCACUUGUGAAGAUGUCUGUGAUGAACUGUGGUGCAUAAGUCAAGGUCCAAACACAUGAAUAUAUGCUCUAAAAUACCUGACAGAAUGGUGCUGUGCACUGGAAAGAGAGCGUAAAAGGAACAUGCUGUGAUAUAUAACAGCUUUUUUAGAGUGUUUAGUUUAUUUGGAUUGAAUUGGAAGCUUGUAGAUAGCAAAACUUAAACCAUUCCCACACAGUAUCGUUUGGCUAUAAACUGACAGGAAUACUAGUCAAAGUAAAGGUCCCAAAUGUUCACAUAGUCAUUUGGUCUGUAUGUGGAAAUCAAACAUUUAAUUUCAGUGAUGUAAGAAAAUAAGACUUGAUUGUACAGAGAGAUAAAAAGACAUCAAGUGUGCCUCUACCAUGCUUUCACAUGUCCAAGAGGUUGAUGCUGUCUUUUUACAAUGCAAAUAAUAAAUGCAUUUGUAUCUGAUUGUGAA